AAGAGCAGGGCCGUGAGCCGGACCGGCCGUGGAACCUAGCAAAUCCUUAGGAGAAGAUGACUGUGUUCUUUAAAACACUUAGGAAUCAUUGGAAGAAAACUACAGCUGGGCUCUGCCUGCUGACAUGGGGAGGCCACUGGCUCUAUGGAAAACACUGUGAUAACCUGCUAAGGAGAGCAGCCUGUCAAGAAGCUCAGGUGUUUGGCAAUCAACUCAUUUCUCCCAAUGCACAAGUGAAGAAGGCAACUGUCUUUCUCAAUCCUGCAGCUUGCAAAGGCAAAGCCAGGACUCUAUUUGAAAAAAAUGCUGCACCGAUUUUACAUUUAUCUGGCAUGGAUGUGACUAUCGUUAAGACAGAUUAUGAGGGACAAGCCAAGAAACUUCUGGAAUUGAUGGAAAGCACAGAUGUGAUCAUUGUUGCUGGAGGAGAUGGGACACUGCAGGAGGUUAUUACUGGAGUUCUUCGAAGAACAGAUGAGCAGGCUUUCUCGGAUUUUACAGAAGAAAGUACUGCUGCCCAUGUCAUAGAACACUUUCAUUACCCCAUGGUGGACUUUUCUGCUUUGGCGAUUGUGAGGGCUACCUUCAGUAAGAUUCCCAUUGGAUUUAUCCCACUGGGACAGACCAGUAGUUUGAGUCAUACCCUCUUUGCGGAAAGUGGAAACAAAGUCCAAAAUAUUACAGAUGCUACCCUUGCUAUUGUGAAAGGAGAGACGGUUCCACUUGAUGUGUUGCAGAUUAAGGGUGAAAAGGAACAACCUGUGUUUGCAAUGACUGGCCUUCGAUGGGGAUCCUUCAGAGAUGCUGGCGCCAAAGUUAGCAAGUACUGGUAUCUUGGGCCUCUAAAAAUCAAAGCAGCCCACUUUUUCAGCACUCUUAAGGAGUGGCCCCAGACUCAUCAAGCCUCGAUUUCAUACACGGGACCUACAGAGAAACCUCCCAGUGAACCAGAUGAGACCCCUCCCCGGCCUUCUUUGUACAGGAGAAUACUGCGAAGGCUUGCGUCAUACUGGGCACAACCGCAGGACGCCCCCUCCCAAAAGUUGAGCCCAGAGGUCUGGAAAGACAUACAGCUGUCCACCAUUGAACUGUCCAUCACAACACGGAACAGUCAGCUUGACCUGAUGACCAAAGAAGACUUUAUGAACAUCUGCAUUGAACCUGACACUGUCAGCAAAGGAGACUUCAUAACUGUAGGAAGUAGAAAGGUGAGAGACCCCAAGCUGCAUGCUGAUGGCACCGAGUGUCUCCAAGCCAGCCAGUGCACCUUGCUUCUUCCUGAGGGAACAGGGGGCUCUUUUAGCAUUGACAGUGAGGAGUAUGAAGCGAUGCCUGUGGAGGUGAAGCUGCUGCCCAGGAAGCUGCAGUUCUUCUGUGAUCCCAGGAGGAAAGAGCAGAUGCUGCAGAGCACAGCCCAGUGAGCAGCAGCAGGAGACGGGGCACCGAGACCACACUUUAGGCCACCUGUGGGACCAAAGGGAAAUGAAGGCCUCAAGUGUCCCACCAGUGUUGUCACAGGAUCCCAAGGGCAUUUUCCUAGCAAGUACCCCUCUUUGCAGUCAGCUUUCCAUUAGCGCAUGCUUUUCUUUUGGUGUGACAGUUGAUCCCUCUUAAAUAUUGAUUUUCCUCAGGCUGGUUCAAGGAAGUUCUCACACUCAGUGGAUGGAAAAGGGCUAGAAUUUUGUCUCCCAAAAGUGCGACCACAAUGGACAGCAGGAUCCUUAGACUGUCUGAGCUCCUUUAUUCCUGUUCUGUUCUUUGAGCAUCCUACGAAUUCCAGGGAGGUACCUGCCCUCCCUGGCUACCUUGUCCUGCUUCUGAGCUCCUUCACGGCUGCUGCUGCUCUGUGAGCGCUGGUUCUUAUUUAGCUCUGGUUUCAGUUCUGUCCUUAAUCCAAAACAUAUGUGAGGGUGUUUCCCUCUUCAGCCAUGUAUAAAAUGCUGUAAAAUGCUAUUUUUUUUCUUUUAAGUAGUGUUUCUUAAAUGUUGGUUUGCAUGAGAACUACCUGGGGUGCAUGUUGAAAAUUAACUUACGUGGGUCCACCCUAAACCUAAUAACUCAAUCUGCAUUAAAAAAAAAAAAAAAGCCAGCUUUUCCAGGUGGUUCUUUAAAUGGUCCUUCAAACUUACUUGGAGAAAGUGUUGUAAAGCAGUAGUCCACAAACUAUUCUGCUCAUGUUCCCCAAAAAGUAUUUUGAAAAUUCAUGUAUCCCUCACACAUCUUCAUUGAUAUUUAACAUUUUUCAUGGGAAGUUAAUUAGUUGCCAAAGUAUGUACUUUCUGGUGUUGUGUAAAUAUUGAUAUUUUAAAAUAAAAACUGUUACAUAACUCUUAAA